AUGCACCAGCGGAGGACUUUAGAAGACAGAUACCAGAUCCUGGUGCGUGCCCUGGUUGCUAUAGCAACCUUAUCUGUUAGACCCUCGCUUGGAGCAUUAUUCUGUCCAUCUGUGGUUGCAAUCAGUAACUACACUAUCACAGCGGAGAACUACAACAUCAGUGAUGGGGAUGCCAACACGACCCUGGUUACCUUCUCUAUUGCAUCACAUCCUUUCCUUGCGUGCACCCUGACAACUCCGAGAUGCACGAGCUUCCUGAUUGAUCCCUUGAUUCUUCCAGUGCAGACUUUCCUAUUUACGGUAGUAGAUAUCGGCUUUAAUGCCUUUCAAGUGAGAGUGAUAAUAAAUUUUCCUGUGAAUUUUACGGCAAAUUUUGAAGUUCGUUGGGGAAGAAAUGGUCAGCCUAGCUCUUCAGACGACUUGAAUGAGGGGUGCCUGGUUCGAACUGGAGGUCUGGUGGACGAGUGUACAACGAACCCAUGUCUUCACGCGAGCCAGUGUCAGGACCUGGUAUCAGGCUACUUGUGUGUCUGUCUACAAGGAUAUAAUGGCAUGACGUGCAGGACAG